GAUCGCGCGGGUCGCUGCAGCAGUUGUUCUUUCUCUUUCUAACUCCAAAUUGAUAAAACUCUAUGCUCUCUUCUCUCUUCUCUCUCCAUAUCACCUUAUUUUCUCUUUUUCAGUUUCUUUUCCACAGCAAAAGUGUGAAGUAAUUUCCUUCUGGAAUACAUGGAAAAUGAUAGAGAGAAAACAUGACAAGAAUUCAAGCCAACUGAUUACAUAUCAGCUUGCCGUUCUCGUCUCAGCUCCUGUUUUCGCCGGAGAUGGGGAAGAAAGGGAGUGGAUGGUUCUCGACGGUGAAGAAAGUGUUCAAAUCAUCUUCUAAGGACUUGCCUGAGAAAAAGAAAGUUAAUAAUGUGGAGAAAUGGCCAAAUGAGGCCCCGGAAGUAGUGUCAUUUGAACAUUUUCCGGCGGAGAGUUCACCGGACAUCACAAAUGAUGAGAGUGCGACGUCAACUCCUUUGCAUGAAGAUAGGAGCCAUGCCAUUGCUGUGGCCGUGGCAACUGCUGCUGCUGCAGAAGCUGCUGUCGCAGCAGCUCAAGCUGCAGCUAAAGUGGUUCGAUUGGCUGGUUAUGGACGCCACUCUAAGGAAGAAAGAGCUGCAACCCUCAUACAGUCGUAUUACAGAGGCUACCUGGCACGGAGAGCUUUGCGUGCUUUGAAGGGACUGGUGAGGUUACAGGCACUAGUGAGAGGCUAUAAUGUGCGCAAACAAGCACAAAUGACAAUGCGGUGCAUGCAAGCAUUAGUACGGGUGCAGGCAAGAGUUCGAGCUCGUAGGCUGCAGCUAACUCAUGAGAAGCUUCAGAAGAGAGUGGACGAAGAUGAGGAAGAAAUACGAGGAAUGGAUGAGCUGGAACGAAAGCCAAGGAGCCCGUUGAGGAAAUACGACGGUUGGGAUGGUGGGCAUCAAAGUUCGGAGAAAGUCAAGGAAAGUGCUUCAAAGAAACAUGAUGCUGUGAUGAGAAGAGAAAGAGCCCUUGCUUAUGCCUAUAGCUAUCAGCAGCAACAGCAACAUCAGCAACAGCCGCAGCAGCAUCAACAACACCUCAUGCAGCCACAGCCCAAUGGCAAGGAUGUUAACCUCUACCUUAACGAGCGAGAGAAGGCGCAAUGGGGUUGGAAUUGGCUCGAGCGUUGGAUGUCAUCGCAACCAUACCAUGCCCGUCAACUAGGCCUUCAAGAGGGUUCUUACAUGACACUACCCACCACCGCUACAACUACCACCACCACUGAUAACAUGUCUGAGAAGACUGUUGAAAUGGACGUUGUGACACAAAUGGAGUCAAGCCCAUAUUCCACUCAGCAGCAGGAGCCACAAUCAGGCUCGAAUAAUGUCCCCAGCUAUAUGGCCCCAACCCAAUCUGCCAAGGCCAAGGUGCGAAGUCAAGGCCCCGUCAAGCAGCAACGUGGAUCAUAUGUACCCCAAUGGAACCCAUCAACAAAGAAAGCAUCAAAUUGUGAUUCCUCGAGUUCAGGUGGGGGAACCACAAUCUACCAGGCCCCUAGGAGCCCUGGCCCAAAGAACAACUGUGCCCGCGUACCGUCUAGACGGCUCGGAGGCUGUAGCCCGGAAGCCGCUGGUGGAGAGGAUUGGAGGUUGCCUAUUGGCAGUCAUGGCUGGUGAUAUGAUUUUCGCAGAUUGUGUUUGAGAACUGGCGCUAUAAGUGUGAUAUGGAUAUUUUGUUAUAUGUUAAUAUGUUGUUAUUUAUUGCUCUUUCAUUCAUGACUUUAGUGAUGUCAUAAAACUGCCAACUCUGGAGGCUUUGUGAUAGUAUUUGUUUGUCCAGUUCUAUAUUAAGUACACUGAUGUAUUAUUAUUCUUUUUUAUAGGAUGGAUUGAUUGAUUGA